CUCGGCGUGUGCCCAGAGGGAGCGGCGGAGCGAGCGGAGGGCACCUGGAGGCCCGGGGUGGCGGCGGCGGCUGCAGAACGCGGGCCGGGACGCACCAUGGCCGGACUGCUUCGGAGCCUGCAGGAUUCCCAGCUGGUCGCCCGCUUCCAGCGCCGCUGCGGGCUCUUCCCGGCGCUGGAGGAAGGCUCGGGGGAGAACGGCGCGGACCCCGCGGAGGGCGCGGCGCAGGCCCCCGGGGUCGGGCAUCUCUCAGCGGCCAACGGCAAGCGCGGCGGGGGCCCGGCCAACGGGCUGCUGCGGAGCGCCGCAGUCCCGCAGGCUUAUGUACAGAAGUACAUUGUGAAGAAUUAUUUCUACUAUUACCUAUUCAGAUUCUCAGCUGCUUUGGGUCAAGAAGUGUUCUACAUCACAUUCCUUCCCUUUACGCACUGGAAUAUCGACCCUUAUUUAUCCAGAAGGCUGAUCAUCAUUUGGGUGUUGGUGAUGUAUAUUGGUCAGGUGGCCAAGGAUAUCUUGAAGUGGCCCCGUCCUUCCUCCCCUCCUGUUGUGAAACUUGAAAAGAGAGUGAUUGCCGAAUUCGGAAUGCCGUCCACCCAUGCCAUGGCCGCCACGGCCAUUGCCUUCACCUUCCUCAUCUGUACUAUGGACAGAUACCAGUACCCUUUUGUUUUGGGACUGGCGGUGGCUGUGCUGUUUUCCACCUUGGUGUGUCUCAGCAGGAUCUACACCGGCAUGCACACGGUCCUGGAUGUACUGGGUGGCGUCCUGAUCACCGGGCUCCUCAUUGUCCUCACGUACCCAGCCUGGACACUAAUUGACUGCCUGGACUCGGCCAGCCCCCUCUUCCCCGUGUGCGUCAUAGUCGUGCCGUUCUUCUUGUGUUACAAUUACCCUGUGUCUGAUUACUACAGCCCUACCAGAGCGGACACCACCACCAUUAUGGCUGCUGGGGCUGGGGUGACUAUAGGAUGCUGGAUCAAUCAUUUCUUCCAGCUUGUGUCCAAGCCGGCCGAAUCACUCCCUGUCAUUCAGAACAUCCCACCGCUCACCACUGACAUGUUAGUUUUGGGUCUGACCAAAUUUGCAGUGGGAAUUGUAUUGAUCCUCUUGGUUCGUCAGCUUGUACAGAAUCUCUCGCUGCAAGUGUUAUACUCGUGGUUCAAGGUGGUCACCAGGAACAAGGAGGCCAGGCGGAGACUGGAGAUCGAAGUGCCUUACAAGUUUGUUACCUACACAUCUGUGGGCAUCUGUGCUACAACUUUUGUGCCAAUGCUGCACAGAUUUUUGGGAUUACUGUGAGCCUCAAACAGUUGGAAAUGAGCCCACUGGACAUGAGAAGCAAGACAUAGGAAAGUUGUAGGUGGGCAAGCGUUAACUCAUUUUUCUUAAAAAAAAAAAAAAA